AUGAGUGUCGACCAGCCAGACACGACUGCCGGCGGCAAGCAUAACCGGUCGGUGACCAUGAGUGGCGUCGACUGGAGUAUUUUUGAGGACAACCAGGAGGACACCUUUGGGUGGCUGUUGCGGAACAACACGACGGGAGCCGCCACCUCGAGUGUUGGAGUGGCUGGCAGCACCAACGGGGGUCUCGAACUGCUGCCGCUGGACGAUGUCGAGAUGGACCACAUGAUAACGUCGGCGCUGGCGCCUCCCACGAUCACUAAAGUACAUAGAACUGGUGCAGCUAAUGCUAUAUCGGCAGCUGGGGAUCCGGGCGUCACCCAGAAGCUCGACGUUGAGCAGUCUAACGUUCAAAUUUUGGCAGUGAACCUCGACAAGCGCUACAUAUCACCUAUUUCAUCUGUUGAUGGGAUGUUGAUUGCACCAAAUUCUGUGGAAAGUGGUGGUAGUGCUCGUCUGGUCGCGGGCGGCAGCUGCGAAGAGACUGAGAACAAGCACGACAAGGAAGUGCAGAAAAAGAGACAGAACGAACGAGAUGGUAGAAGGAGCACCACUGCCAAGUCAGCCGUACCGACUACUUGGAAGAAGCAACGAAGCAGUACAACUGCAUCAAAUGCAGAGGUUGUUGAUAGCACACGAAGCUUUGAAGGAAAGACCGCUUCGCACGUCGCUCAAUGUAAACGACCACAGAACAGACAGUUAUGCAAAUCAGCUUCACCGAAUGUCGCAGACUCUGACCCUGACGGCGAUUUUGAAAAGAAGCAGCUUCGUCGGGUCAAAAAUCUUGUGUCGGUCAGAGAGUUUCGCAAGCGCAAGCUGAGGCAGCAAGAGCAGAACGAGGUUCGCUUGCGCCGACUAGAAGCGGAAAAUAUAGACUUGAAAAUGCGUCUAAAGAUCGGAAAAGAGGCAAUCUUAAGCGAGCAGCGCGAGAAGCAGCAGAUUAAGGAGCAGAUGCGGGAAAUGCUACAACGGAACGCAAACGAACAAGAGAUUGCUCAGUUUUUGAACAUGUACAAGGUGACAUACUCAGAUUAUGGACCCAAACGACGCGAGAAGCUGCACUUUCAUCUGUCACGCAUUCGGGAGCUGAUCCUUCCCACGCAAGUGACGAAGCUGUGUCUGUAUUCCGUAGAACAAGGUGUGGAUAUGCUAAAGCGGGAUCAUGUGAUAAAAGAAGACCCGAUGUCUGCGCCUGAAUCAGCUUCAGCCACCAUGAGUCUUUGGGGUAUCUUGGCUGACGAGCUGGAGGUGUCGGAAGAUCAGCAAAGGCAGAUCUUGGAGCGCCGAGCUGCAAUAAAAAAAGUGCGCGACGAUCUGAACCACGCCUUAAGCAUUGUGAAGAAACUGAAAGACGUGACCGAUGAAAAGAACACGGCACUGGAGACUCAAGUGGCGCAGUUGCAACAGAUUCUGACACCCUCUCAAGCAACCAGAUUUAUCAUCUGGGUCAAGGAGAAUCCAGCCUUUAUGUACAUGUUGGACAAGCUCGUGGACUCUACCUUGCAGAACAACUCAGAUAGCACUGGAAAGUGA